AUAACCACUCCAGAGAAUGAAAUCACUGCUGGACAGAGUGAGUGCAUUCAGCUGCAGUAUUCAAGGAAUGACAUAGCAAAGCUCCACCCCUUUUCUGACUCAUCUGACAAACCAGGAAACACAGUUUGUUUUGCUGUCUCACUGACGGGAGAGGCACACUCACUGUGGGAAAGACAAAGAUUCACAGUCUGCAGAAGAAAAAAACUCCCACGAAGCGAGGACAGCUACAGGAGGAAGUUCUGGAAAUACUGGAUGAGUUUGGGAAGCUGCCAGUUCAGUGCUCAAUACAGAGUUUCAGAAACAGCUCGGCUCAAAGUGAAAGUAACUUUCAGGAGACAACGUUUCCCGUCCAAACCACGACUGCCUCGCUGUGCUGCCUGCCUUCCCUUCCUGCAAUUAUGGCGUCUUCUUUCCUUGAGAGAGAACUCUUGUGUCCGGUCUGCCAUGAUGUCUUCAAAGAUCCUGUUCUCCUGUCGUGUAGCCACAGCUUCUGUAAAACCUGUCUGCAGAGCUGGUGGGCUGAGAAAGAAAUCCUCCAGUGUAUGGUUUGCAAGAGAAGGUCCUCGAGGAGUGACCCACCGUCUAACUUGGUGUUAAAAAACCUGUGUGAGGCCUUUUUACUAGAGAGAGAUCAUGGAUCUUCAGGAGCUCUCUGCAGUCUCCACAUUGAAAAACUCAAGCUCUUCUGUCUGAACCACCUGCAGCCAGUGUGUGUCGUCUGUCGGGAUUCAGAAAAACACACAGACCACAGGUUCAGACCCAUCGAUGAGGCUGCGAAGGAUCACAGGAAAAAACUCCAGGAAUUGCUCAAGCCCUUCCAGGAGAAACUGAACGUCUUGCGUCGAGUAAAAGGAAACUGUGACGUAACAGCAGACCACAUCAAGGUCCAGGCCCAGCGUGCAGAGAUGCAAAUUAAGGAAGAGUUCAGGAAGCUCUACCAGUUUCUACAAGAAGAAGAGGUGGCCAGGAUCUCUGCUUUGAGAGAGGAAGAGAAGCAGAAGAUUCAGAUGAUGAAGGAGAAGAUAAAGGCUCUGAGCAGAGAGAUAGCAGCUCUUUCAAACACCGUCAGAGCCACAGAGGACGAGCUGAGAGCUGACGACGUCUCAUUCCUGCACAACUACAAGGCUGCAGUGCAAAGAGUCCAGCAGCGCCCCUUCACAGAUGAUCCAGAACUGGCUUCAGAAACUCUGAUAGAUGUGGCCAAACACCUGGGCAACCUUUCCUUCAACAUCUGGAACAGGAUGAAGGAGAUGGUCUCCUAUGUUCCAGUGAUUCUGGACCCCAACACUGCUGGUUCAGAACUCAUCCUGUCUAGAGAUCUUUGCAGCGUUAGAUGGGGUCAGAGACAGCAGCUUCCUGAAAACCCAGAGAGGAUUCAACAUCUGAGCUCUGUUCUGGGCUCUGAGGGCUUCAACUCGGGCACUCACAGCUGGGAUGUUGAGGUUGGAGACAGUGAUUAUUGGGAGCUCGGGGUACUGGCAGGGUCUGUCCAGAGGAAGGACAACUUGCUGUCUGGACUUUGGAGACUAAGAUUCUACAAUGGUAAAUACAGAGCAUGCUCUGAAUCAGACCCAGACACUGACAUCCCAGUGAAGGAGGCCUUUCAGAGGAUCAGGGUGAUUCUGGACUGGGAUAAAGGACUGCUAUCAUUCUCUGAUUCUGAUUCUGACACGCACAUACACACCUUCACGCACACUUUCACCGACUGGCUGUUUCCUUACAUUAACUCUGUGAAUAAACUGAAACUGAAACUGUUACCAGGGAAAGUCUGUGUAACAGUGAAGUGAUUCACACC